AUGGCUUUUGGUCUUCUUGUUAACAAGUGGCAAAUUUGUAAGCGUCCUUUAGCUGUUGACUACAUUCAUGCAGGUUUUGUCAUUAAAACCUGCAUGAAGCUGCAUAACUACUGCAUCAAUGCACGCAUUAGUCAGCCUAAUAGCGACGGAUUGAACAAUAUAGCAAUGAGAGAUUUCAAUGCAAUGGAAGACUGCAGCUUUUUACCCGCUGUGCGUGAAGACACAAACAACCGUGAGCCGCCUGUCGUGAAUGGCCAUAUACCUCGCAAGGUUGUUCUCGGUCAUAUUCAGCGGUGCAACAUGUUCCGACCUAUCACUUUGCGUACGUGCCGCAGCUGA